AUGAAAAAACACAAUCAGUCCUGUCUCACUGAAAUUGUGCUGUUGGGCUUCUCAGAUUUCCAGACUUGGCAAGAACUUCUGUUUUCCCUAAUUCUCAUAUUCUACCUCAUAGCCUUGAUGGGCAAUGGUUUGGUUUUACUGCUCACCAUUGUCAGUCCCACACUUCACACCCCAAUGUACUUCUUCCUCUGGAACUUGUUCUUUUUGGAAAUUGGCUACACCUCCUCCAUCAGCCCAAAGAUGCUAGUGAACUUAUUAUCAGAGAAGCAGACUAUAUCCUUUUGGGGCUGUGGAUGUCAAAUGUAUUUCUUCCUUCUCUUUGGUGUCACUGAAUGUUGUCUUCUUUGUGUCAUGGCCUAUGACCGCUACGUUGCCAUUUGCAAACUCUUGCAGUACCCAUAUAUCAUGAAUCUCAGGGAAUGUGCUAUGCUUGCUGCUGUGUCAUGGGCCACUGGUGUUUUUGUAGGCUUGGGGUACUUAGUUUUAAUCUUUACCUUUCCCUUCUGUGGAUCAAAUCAAAUUAGCCAUUUCUUCUGUGAUCUUAUGCCUGUUCUGAAGCUGGCCUCUACAUAUACCUACAAAAAUGAGGUGACCAUUUCUACAUUGACAGUGGUAGCUGACUUGAUACUCCUUUUGCUCAUUCUCUAUUCCUACAUCCUCAUCAUCUCCACUAUUCUUAUGAUGCCACUGGCCAAGGACCGGCACAAAGCAUUCUCCACUUGUUCCUCACAUCUCACUGUUGUCUUGAUUUUCUAUGGAACUAUCAUUUUUACUUACAUUCAUCCCAACUCAGCCAAUUCUGCAGAAAAUAACAGGAUUUUUGCACUGCUUUACACAAAGCUUAAACCCCAUCAUUUACAGCUUGAGGAAUAA